GAAAAAGAUUUUUUCAAAAAAACCCAUAUUUUCGUCAGAUUUUUUGAUGAAAAAAGAACAAAUUAUUAAUGAAAAUAAGGAUUUAAAAUGUAUUCCAAAAAACCCGGUUGAAAAAGACAAUAUAAAGCCUUUUAUCAGGAAAAAAAGAAUACCUCAUGUCUUGGAAGAAGAUGUAUACCAGGAAGCAUUGAGUGAUAUUAUCAGGAGAGAUUUUUUUCCGGAUCUUCAUGAAGAAUAUUCUAAUGAAAUGGUCUCUUCAUUGUGUAAAAAAGGUCUUUCUUUGGAUGAAUUUCAAGCAACAUAUACAUCAGAAGAUAAUGCCUCUUUUUCGGAUAUUUUAGAGCGGCAGAAUGAACGUCAAAGAGAAGCAUAUCGUUGGGUCUGGGAUAAUAGAAACAAGAUUGAUAGUGAUCGUGUUAAAGAAGAGGAGCGACGUCGGAUAAUGGCGGGGAAUAAUAUUGGGAAUAUAGAAGGGCGACCAGCCCAACCAGAAGCAUGGCCUUUUAAUCCUAUGAAUGCAUUGAUGUUUACGCCAGAGACAGAUUAUACGAAAGCUAAAUCUCUGCCAUUAGAAGCAGAAAAGUCAAUUGUAUAUCAUGCAACACGAAUGCCAUUAGAAAGGCAAGAAUAUGUUGCAUCACCGUCUGUUUCAGCGAUUGAUAAAGAACCAGAAGUGGCAGGAUGGACAUUUGUCGAUGAGGCGCCUACGCCAUCACCAAAAGUCUUAAAAAAGUCAAGAAAAUUAAGUAAAGGAAUGGGAUCGGAGUCAGAGUCAAUUGGGACUCCAGGAACACCUGGACGAGGGUUUAAAAUGCCGGAUAUUCCAGCAAGAGAGAUAUUACAUCAUCGAAUAACAGAGGAAAUUAAAAAGAAAAAGCGUGCAAAAACACCAGCAGCAUUUCUAAAAGAAAUACCCAAGUUUUCAAGCAGUCCUGAUCUAAGGAAAGUUAUGCUUAGCCCUGGGGGCAGGCUUCUUCUUGCAGCAACUCAGAGACAUGCAAGUGCAAUCAGGAAUGAUUUAAAAACGCCUCGAAUGAGUCUUUUAAAUAACGAAACAACCGAUAUAACACCAAGAGCAACAUAAAAAUAAUAAGAUAUUCUUUAUUUAUUAUUAAAACAAUGGCUCAA